GUAUGUAGUCGGGAGUAUAAAUGCUGUCGCAUAUCAAAAUGUUUUUUUCCUUCACUUUGUAACCGUGCUGAUUUUGUGUUCAACAGGCUUACGUCAAAAAUGGUCCGCUACUCGUUGGAUCCCGAGAACCCCACAAAAUCAUGCAAGGCCAGAGGAUCAAAUCUUCGGGUUCACUUUAAGAAUACUCGUGAGACUGCGCAAGCCAUCAAGGGUAUGCACAUUCGGAAGGCUACCAAGUACUUAAAGGAUGUAGUCAUAAAGAGACAGUGUGUACCCUUCCGUCGUUACAAUGGUGGUGUUGGUAGAUGUGCCCAGGCCAAGCAGUGGGACUGGACACAGGGUCGUUGGCCAAAAAAGAGCGCAGAAUUCCUUCUGCACAUGCUGAAGAAUGCAGAGAGCAAUGCUGAGCUUAAGGGUCUUGAUGUGGAUUCUCUAGUUAUCGAGCACAUCCAGGUCAAUAAAGCCCCAAAGAUGCGCAGACGCACUUACCGUGCUCAUGGUCGCAUCAACCCUUACAUGAGCUCUCCCUGCCAUAUUGAGAUGAUUCUUACUGAAAAGGAACAGAUUGUUCCCAAACCUGAAGAGGAAGUUGCCCAGAAGAAAAAGGUUUCCCAGAAGAAGCUCAAGAAGCAGAAGCUCAUGGCUCGGGAUUAAAAUGUAUAUAAAAUAAAGAAUUCGGUUCAA